GGGGCUGCCGGGGUAACCGGGGAUACCGGGGGGUAACGAGCGGGGACGGAGGGCAGGGAAAGCCUUUGGGCUUAGGAAAAGCCUCCCAGCCGGGCGGGACAGCGGGGGAGCCCUGCCCGGGAGCGGGGGUCGCUCCGCGGGGGCGGUAGCGCAGGGCCCCCCUCAGGCCUGCGGCCGCGGCCCGUGGCUCUAACGCCGCCCGUGCCCCCUCAGGGCCGGCGGGUGUGUGCGGCGGGGGAGCCUCCAUGCUGAGCGUGACAUCCUGCAAGUGUUCCCGGUUCCGCGAAUGCCUGGCAGAGCCCUGGCCCCCAGUCCCCUAUGAGUUCAUCACUCCAGCGUUCUGCUUCGCCCCAGGCAUUUAGCCCCGAUCACAAGAGCAGCAUCAUUAGGAGGCAGAGACAGGAGCUGAAGCUUUUAAUUGCAGAACUGAAAGAUCGUGACAAGGAGCUCAAUGACAUGGUGGCAGUGCAUGAGAGACACAUUCAGGCCUGGGAGGAUGAUCGCCAAAAAAUACUGACCUUAGCAGAACGAUGCAGCGAGUUAACUAAUGAGCUGAACGAGAGAAAUGCAGUUAUAAAAUCACUGACCAAAAAGUUAAAGUUAUUAGAAUCCCAGCAUAAUGACAGUAAGAUAACACUUGAAAGCACACAACAGAAGUUUAAAGAGCUCACUCAAAAAGUAACAGAUUCAUCUGUUCACUGCCAGGCUCUGGAGGAGAAAAAUCAGAGUCUCCACUGCUCAGUUUUGGAACUGUCUGCUAAAACAGGCCAGCUGCAAGCAAGGGAACAGGAGCUUCUCUCUAUGCUUCAGAUGAAGGACAAGGCCUUAAUUGAAACAACUGAUCAGAUCACUGAGGUUACAUCUAAGUUUAAAACACUGGAGAAUGCUCUGCGUACAGCAAAGUCUGAUGAAUGCAGUCGCAGCAGGGAGCACCAGGACCUCAAGGUGACACUGAACGAUGUCAUGUGUCAAGUAAAUAAGAUGAAAGAUAUCCUCUCUGAGAAGAUGAAAGAAAGCAGCAAGAACCAGGAAGAAAUCAGUCACCUGAAGCAAGAAAAUGGCUGCUUGAGGAGUGAGCUGAUACUGGCAGUGGAAGAAGCCCAGAGGAAGGAUCAACUUUUUCAGUUUGCCAAGUCGAAGCAAGUGCGGAUUGAAAAAGAAUUGUCCAGUUUGCGGCAGGUCUGUGUAAAACAGCAGCGAGACUUGCACUUCCUUCAUGUCAACUUUGAUAGCUCCCUGGACUCCAGGCAAAAACAGGAAAAUGCAUCAAGUGGAAAGAGUGAAGAAAAUGUGGAUCUGAAUUCCCUCCACUUGGCUUCUCCUCUCUUGGCACCCACUGAGAAGAGCAACCUGGCUCAAAGUUCUGGGCAAUUCUCUGAUGAAGAUUCCCCUCUGGACAUCAAUGACCUGGCAGUGACUAAACCAACAAAGAGAUACUGCAUGAACACAGACACCAGUUCCCUGUUCUGGAAGCUGGAGCGCUCGCUGGCCCAGUCCCGGCAGAUGCUGACUGACCUGGAGCUCAGCCUUCUCCACACAAGCAUUCCCAACACCAGCAACAUGAGCAAGGUUCAGAUUGCUGUCCCAGGACGAGGUUGAGAGGAAGAAGUUGGUUCCAACACAGAGGUAAUUCUCAGGACUGAAGAUCAUUGACCCAGCAGCUACAAUGGAAAGUUACCUCAUUUUUUUUCCCGUGGUCCUCCUGAGUGUUUGAAAGACUCACAAGUGGCAAGAAGAUGUGACUCUGCAGGAAUGUAUUUUAUCUUGAAAUAAAACACAGAAUAAUGCCAAGAUUAACAAAGCUAUUUUUAUAGCUGAGAGCUCAGGUUAAACACUAGCUUGUUUUUAAGAGUCUGAAGUGUGUAAUUGUUACAACAUAGGAACUACUUUUCUUUUUUCUUUUUUUUUUUAUGGUGGCUCAGAAAUAUUUAUAGAGUAUGACACAGCCAAGCAUUCUCCUUUUUUUUUUAGGAUAUUGUUUUUGUUCUGGAUUUUUUGCCUUGUAGAGAGAGAUGAAUAAUGUUUAUAGGAAGUUCCCAAUUAGUGUUGUAAGCAGGAACUGCCUCUGAUGUUGCUGAAAUGGGAGAGCUGUCACCCACGAGAUGGGCAGAACAACUUUCCACACUCAGGAGCUGCUUCUUCCAGAAAUGUUUAUGGGAUCAGUGGCAGCCUUUCCUGCAGGUAUUAAUGGCCCCAGGAUUGGGUGGCCAGUUCUGAUGAGAGCUGCUGUUCUCCAGACCCUUUCCCUGCCUGCUCACCAGCCUUACCCACAGAGGGAAGCUCAGCUGCUCCAGCUCUUUCCAGGUUUCCUUUACAGUGCAUUUAUUCCUCUACCUGCACAGGGCCUUCUCAGGCUCCAUCCUCACAAUCUCCUGCUCUGGGUGUGACAAGAAUUCCCCCUAAAAAGCCAACGAUGAGAAUGCCAUGAUGCUCACCCUGAAGCUGUCCAGCAGCUGCAAAGAGAAAUUGGUGCAGGUUCCAAGCAGCAGCUGCCUUUGAAUGGUUUUGAGGUUAUUGGAUGAACUCACUGGGUUUAAACCCCUGGAGAGUUUAAAAUGAUGACUUUAAAAUCAAUAUAGAAAACUGAGCUCAAGUGAUGCAUCAGGGAUCUGCAGAGCCUUAGGAUUUUGUGUCGGGGCUGCCCUGGAUUUGUGGAAUGGGAAGAAGGGAAACAACUGGGUUAAUUUAUUCAGCACUAAGUGACUUAAAACCCAACUGCAUUAUUGACCACACUCCGAUGCUCGAAUGGAAACGCUUCAAACUCGGUGCCUUAACUCUGGAAGCAGCUCAAAUACUCCAGGGAGCCUUUGCUAUUGUAUCCUUGGUUUGAAUUAUUAUUUAAAGACAACAAAGCUCCUGUUCAGCCCCGGCCUUUCCGCAGGGUGGAUGCGAGCUCCGGUCAUUGACUUUGCUAACGGGAACGGGUGUUGGAGCCCCGGGGCUCGGAGCGAGCCGCGUGUGCGCGAGUGGCGGAGGGGUGAGGAGGGGCGCUGGCAUGGCACGGUGGCGCUGGCCGUGACCGCCGUGCCAGGUGCCUGGUCCUAAGGGACGUGUCCCCCCCGCUCCGUGUCCCCUCUCCGUGUCCCCUCCCCGUGACCCCCGUGUCCCCUCUCUAU